AUGGCUGCUUCCCUUAACACCUUCGCUGCUGCGGUUAUCAUAUUAAGUCUUAUCGGAGGAGGAUUUUGUGAUUCGUGUCGAAAAAUAGGAUCUUGUGAUUGUGGAAUUCAUAAUAUAAAGAUUUCGCAGAGGCCUACGGGGUUUAAAGUUCAUGGACAAACUGAGUACGAGGUGACAAUAACCAAUGACUGUAAAUGUCCUCAGUCAGAAGUUCUGAUUCAUUGUCCUGGGUUCAAAAGCACUGAAUCUCUAGGCCGUGGCAUCUUCGAUAAAGGCGUAAUCGGAUACGGUCGUGAAUUAUCUCUUAAUCUUUGUUACCUUAAUAGUGGUGAACCACUUUUCCACAAUGACAAAAUCAAGUUCAAGUAUGCAUCCGAUCCUCCCUGCGCUCUAACUCCCUUCAACUCUGAUGUUAUGUGUUAA